CCGCUCCGUGCUGGUGCCAAUGCCCCAGCGGUACCGAUCGCAGCGCUUCGUUGCCGUUAUAGCAGAGCGGGGAUUUUAAAUGACCCGCGUUGACUGCCCCUUUUAACGACUGCUGGCGGGUUAUAAGACAAGGCGCAAAAUUACUGGCGCCAGCUCAGAGCGAGUGGACUGCGGAACACAUCACAGCUUAGCCAUAUGCUGCCUGUUUACAGCUUAUUGGAGCAGUUUUACUAAAUAAUGCCUUGUGUAACACCAUCCUAACUUUUGCAUUCGAGGACAUCCGUGGAGAGAAGGCAUUUUCAGAGAGCAUCACAAUAAGGCUCUCGACACUCAAGAAGUUCACACGCGGGGAUAUGAUGCCAAGCAAGAAAGUGCUACGAACAGAGCAGGUUAACACUACAGAUGAAGCUCCUACAACUAUUUCAGUGCGUCCCAGGAAGAGAAAAGCAGACGUGGCUAUUCAUUUACAAGAUCCAGAUGAAGAGAUCACAGAGAUGACAAGAAAGAAACCAUGUGCUUCCCAGGCCUGCUGGAAUCCCGACACAGGUUACACAAGCCCAUGCAGGCGGAUCCCCACACCUGAUGAAGUCGAGGAACCGGUUGCUGUUGUCAGCGUGGGAUUUACACAGUAUGCCUCAGAAAACAUUUUCGUCACCCCUACGCGCUCUACCCCUCUGCCGGCCCUCUGCUGGGCAAGCAAAGAUGACGUGUGGAACAACCUGCUCCGAAAAGACAAACUCUACCAGCGAGACACGCAUGUUAUGGAGAGACAUCCAAAUCUCCAACCCAAAAUGAGAGCGAUUCUGCUGGAUUGGCUAAUGGAGGUGUGUGAGGUAUACAAGUUACACCGUGAGACGUUUUACUUGGGUCAGGAUUACUUUGAUCGCUUCAUGGCCACACAAGACAAUGUUCUCAAAACAACACUACAGCUUGUUGGCAUCUCCUGUCUCUUCAUCGCUGCCAAAAUGGAGGAAAUUUACCCUCCUAAGGUGCAUCAGUUUGCUUACGUUACUGAUGGAGCCUGCACAGAGGAUGACAUUCUUAGCAUGGAGAUUAUCAUCAUGAAGGAGUUGAAUUGGAGUUUGAGUCCUUUAACCCCGGUGGCUUGGCUCAACAUCUACAUGCAGAUGGCCUAUCUAAAGGAGACCGCUGAAGUUCUCAUGGCCCAGUACCCACAGGCUACAUUUGUGCAGAUUGCAGAACUUUUGGAUUUGUGUAUACUGGAUGUAAGAAGUCCGGAGUUCUCUUACGGCCUUCUCGCGGCUUCUGCACUCUUUCACUUCUCUUCUCUAGAGCUAGUGAUGAAAGUUUCAGGGCUUAAGUGGUGUGACUUGGAGGAGUGUGUGAGAUGGAUGGUCCCUUUCGCCAUGUCAAUCCGUGAAGCAGGCAGCUCAGCCCUCAAGACAUUCAAAGGAAUAGCAGCAGAUGACAUGCACAAUAUCCAGACCCAUGUGCCUUACUUGGAAUGGCUGGGAAGGGUGCACUCGUAUCAGCUAGUGGACAUUGAGAGCGGUCAGAGGUCUCCAGUUCCCUCUGGAGUGCUCACACCACCACCCAGCAGUGAGAAGCCCGAGAGCACAGUCUCCUGACUUCGUUAAUGUAUGGAAUAGGACACGACCCUGACUGAUGAAUUUAAAUGAAAAUCAACAAAUCAAUGGCAUUACAGCUUAAACCCAAGCAUCAAUUCACAUGCGUCUGCAUAAGACUCAAGAGUCUUAUGCGUCUUUUUUUUUUUUUUCAUGUGAGACUUGAAAGACAUGAAACAUUUUUUGUUUUAAUGGUCCAAAGGUUUGGUUUUUUUUUUUUUUUUAAGUUUAUAAAUGUAGACUACCUGCCAAAAUCUCAGAGCUGCUACUGGCUCUGAUUGCUGCUAAAAGAGGGUGGGACUGGAGCAGAUGGAAAGAUGACCACAGAGAUCCCCACACAAAUAUGGGCAUGGGUUUCUGUGGCUCAGGUUGCCAUUUGGACCAGCAAAAUCCUGACAGGUUGUCAUGGGGACUCGAGUCUCCAAUGCCAGAAAGGACCAGAGAAAUCACCAGCUUCAGAAGCUAGGACUCGGAUUUUAUAUUUAAGAUUUUCCUCUGGUUGCCUCCCAAGUGUUUGUAACCAAAUUUGACCAUUCACUUUUUAUAGGUUUGUUUUUAAACGAGAUGCUGCUACAUUUCUCUAUAUCAUAUGUCUAAAUAAAGCCACUGUCUCAGACAGUUUUUACG